AAUCCUAACAAACAAUAAACCCCACACCCCCCAUUCAACUUUCCCUCUUACCUCCUCCUCCUGAAUCUUCAUAAUCAUUUCUCAUCCUACUUCUCUGUACCUUAAACUUUUUUUCUCUACUAGUACAUUUCAAGUAUUCUAUAUAAACCAUUAAAAAAAAAAAUCAUUAUUGAUGGGCUCAAAUGAUCAAACACCACCAUAUGGUCUUACUAAUCAAGAGUUCCAAGAGCUCGAAUCGCAUAUAAACAUGUUUCAUAAGUCCGGAGAUGCCGGCCAUACGUGCACAUCGUUAAUAACACAACAUAUCGAAGCUCCUGUUAGUGCUGUAUGGCCUGUUAUUAGGAGUUUUGAAAAUCCUCAAAGAUACAAACACUUUAUUAAGAGUUGCAAACUGGCUAGAGGUGAUGGAAGAAGCGUAGGAAGUAUACGCGAAGUUACUGUUAUAUCGGGUCUUCCAGCAUCAACCAGCACCGAAAGGUUAGAGAUAUUAGACGAUCAAAAACAUAUCUUGAGUUUUAGCGUUGUUGGUGGUGAACAUAGGUUGAACAACUACCGAUCAGUUACGUCGGUGAAAGAGUUCGUAACAAAUCAAGGUAAGCCAUACACUGUUGUUUUGGAGUCUUAUGUUGUUGACAUACCGGAAGGUAACACCGGAGAAGAUACAAAGAUGUUUGCUGAUACUGUUGUGAAGUUGAAUCUGCAAAAGCUUGCGGCUGUGGCAAUGACUACGUCUUCCAGUUAGAAAGUUCAUCAUGAGAUUCUUGACGAUGGUGAUUGUGACGUUGACAGUGAUGCUUAUCAGCCGCUAAUGGUACUGGUUUGGACUUUAUGUUGUUUUUUUAUUUUGUUUUUCGGGGUGGUGGUUUUAUUUUGUUUUAUUAUUGGCUAUUGUACGUUUCAAAGAGGUAAGCAGCUGCAACUUGGUGGUUUAAUAUUGUUUUUUCUUAAUUUUAAAUGAAGGGUGACUUAUUGUUGAAUUUUAGAGUUUUAACAUAUGAUGGGUUGUCAACAAGCUCUAUCUAA